ACCUGCCAGCACGUGAAUGUACCGAUCAAUGAUGCUAUUCGAACUCCAACCACACCGCUAACUUACUUGGUGGACACUGUAUUUGGGCCGUAGCAAAUCGCCUCGUAAAGUAUCUAACGAGGAAAAAUGUAUCCCGCUGAUAAGUCCAAUCAUGCGAAUGCAGAUACAGAUAUUGGGCCCGGCACAUUUGCCCUCCAUUCUGAGCCAUCUUUAGAAUCGUAUUGCAACAUGGAUUCGUGGUCUGAACCAGGAAGUGAAGAUUUAGUCUUUCGGCCCGUUAUGCGCCGGCGCCGGGCACAACCUCCGCGAGGAAAACUUCGAUGUGGAACUCAGUAUUGGAAUCGUAAUCUGAGCAAUGCUGACGAUCAGUUGGACACGGCGGAAGUAACCGAAGAUGCAGUGGACUUGGAGAGACUCCAACGAGAGAAGGUCCUGGAGGCCAUGUCGCGAACAUCAUGGUGGCUUUGGCCGUUCGCUCAAUUCUUCCGCUUGUUAGGUACAAUAUUCUGCACCUACAAAAUUGAGAUUGGACUGCGUGGCAAACUUCGCAAAGCACUUGGUGACCCGACAAAAAUGUUGCGGCAAAACAUAUACGGAUUAUUCAUUGGCAUACUGAUGGGCUUCGGGGCGUAUCUGCUAUUCCUUCUCACAUUCUCCAACAACCCGCGCUUAUCCACGCUUCUCAGUGCUUACUUCAUGUUGGUGUCUGUGUUUGGAAUCGCUUUUUCUGAAGACUUUCGUUGUAUCGCCUUGCUCACGGUACCCUAUUUGGCGGCUAGUCGAGUACGUUGGUUACUUAUGCUUUACGCUACUAGCCUGUCUAUCACUGGACCGGGGCUUAACUUUUUGCACAAUUCAGGUAAUUUUCGCAACGCCAUUGCAUGUAUUCUGUCCCAAGUCACUACCAAUAUGCUUCUCAUUCAAAAGCUUACCUCAGCACCCUUUUCAUUGCUAAAAAAUCAGUUGGAUAGCUUGAUUGAUGGACUGAACCAGACGAUCGAUCGGUUGCGGGACACUCUACGCAAAAUCAACUUUGCCAUGUUCAAAGUUACUAGAGUUAUGGAACAGCAAUCCAGCUGGAUCGCUUCGUUAGUCGAAGCCUGUGGCGAUCCGGUAGCGUUGAAGAAUCAGUGCUUAUCUUUUCUGAACAAUAUUUACUUCAACUGCAAAGCUUCGAUGGGCAUCUUCGAUUUUGUGUGUGGACUGGUCAGGCAGUUCGCUGCCGAUACUUGCGGGGGUGAUAUAGCCAUGAACAAAGUAUGUCAGAGACAAAAGGAAUUGUUGGACGAUAAACUUGAGAUUGACUCCACUACUGAUUUGGAUCGUAAGAUGAACGAUAUCCUGAAACUGGUCGGGGAAACGAACUUGUCGUUGCAAGGCGAUUUCGAUGAGUACCAAAAGAUGAUAAUCGAAAGUGACGAUUCUGUCAUAUCUUUGUUACAACAGCGAAUGGACGCAUUUAUUAAUACGGUGGAACAUGGUAAAUAUAUUUUGUCCUGGAUACUAGUGAUUUGGACCUUGUUGACGAUGCUACAACUGGUGAUCCAGGCUGCUAUUUUCCGUAAGAAGUGGAUCGUAAGGGACACAUUUGACAACGUCUACAUAACGGCUGCGUUCGUGGCACAGGAAAAACGUGCAGUUUCUCAAGGGCUGAUUGCUACCGUGCCCCUAAUAGGCACAGAAACAUGGGAAUACAAGAAACUUAGCAGCUUCACCUGGACGAAUUCGGAAAAACGCAAGGCAUUUCGGUCAUUUGUUAUACUUUUCAUGUGGAUGACAACAUUAUUGGUUGUCUUGUUUGCAGACUAUGUUAUGUACGAAGUUUUAACUACCAUAACGCCUGUGUUCUCUGAAGAGUUCUCCACAUUCGGCGCAAAAUCCAGCAUGGGAGAUGACUACCUGUCGGCAGAGGCGGGUGCAUCUGCACCGAGAAUUACUGGAACAUCCUCUUACGCGAAUGUGGUUCGCGCACUGUUGGGAAUGCUGAACCCUAUCAAGGAUGUGGCACUGAACGUCGAUGCUGCGGCCUGUAAGCCCACAGCUACUCCACCCAAUGCGAAGACGAACGGCUCCGUGGUGAUUAUGCUUGUUUUCACUUUGCUGUCCAUCUUCUUCGAGUACACUCAAUCGUCUCGGAUCGUCGAGACCUAUCCAACGGAUUCAGUCUUUCUGCAGUACUACUAACGACACACUGGUAAAUCCUGAACACCGUCUUUGACAGAUCAUUCGGUUUACGUGCUUCGUCUGCGUCAUUUGAUAUUAAUUUGGUACUAUCCCAAUCGAGGUAUGCAACGGGCUGCCUGGUUGCGGACUCAUAUCCGAAACAAUCGCGGACUGUUUCAUCGCCUGAUUCACAAAAUGCGAACGGUUGAUGUGAAACCCGGACGACAAGCUCCAAAGACUACUCGGUUGGGUAGAAUGAUGAACCGAUCACCAUGGUUUCGAAGGUUCAUGCAAUUCUUCGGCAUCAAGCGAGUCAUGUGUUCGUAUUGUGGUGAGGAGGGGAAUCCAUCCAAAAAGGCAGUAUUCGAGGAUAACUUCUCCCGAUGUGUGGAGUGUGGCGGUUACUACUGCCGCGUGUGCCAGGUGGAUUUGGACAACAUUUGUAUGAUAUGCCGCACUCCACUCUUUGCCUUGUCUGUAGAAGUUGACUUCGAGCAGUUCUCAUCGGACGAAGAAUUUGACGCAAUCUGCGCUCGUUAUCUUCGUCGUGCUGAGCAGACAACAAUUAGGGCGAGGAAGAACCAAUCAGGUGGUGAAAGAUCACGCAUUUCCAUAAAAAGAAGAGCGUGAGCUUGGUUUAUUCUUUCGCAACGAAACCUCCUUAUGAAAUCUCACCCAGAUCUCUGCUCGUUUAAGUCCACCUCUUUUAUCAUCUGAACUGGCAGCCGCCACAGUUCUCUUUAGUGAUGAAGUCAGUCAGCGUCUGGUCUUGUUAACUGAGAAAAAACUUUACCAUUCAGUUUAUUCGAUUUCUUUCUGCAUGAAGUUCAUAACCUGUCGAAAUCUCGAAUGAUGCAUAUUAUAUGCAAAUUCCAUC